AUGCGACAGUUUAAAAUUGCUGAUGAAAAUCUUAAAAUUAUAACAAAAUCUCAAAAGAAAGAAUUAUUUUCAUAUUCAAGCGAGUUGCACCCUCAAUCAUGUUAUAUUAGCAGAUGUAUUCAUACUCUUCAUGGAUUACAAGAGUCGUCGGAAGAUAUAAAAUCCGGAAAAUCUUCAGAUUAUGAUUCACAAAAAUCAAAAGAAUCCAUUAGUUCGGAUAAAGAAAGAUAA